CUCCUCAGAGCUGGAGCAAAUGUGAAUGCUGCUAAACUUCACGAGACAGCCCUCCACCAUGCAGCCAAGGUGAAAAAUGUUGAUCUGGUGGAGAUGCUGAUUGAAUUUGGUGGAAACAUUUAUGCGAGAGACAACCGAGGAAAGAAGCCCUCGGAUUAUACCUGGAGCAGCAGCCCCGCAGCAAAGUGCUUCGAGUACUAUGAAAAAACACCUCUGAGUUUGUCUCAGCUCUGCAGAGUUACGGUGAGGAAAGCUGCCGGGCAGCGGGCGCUGGAGAAGAUUGCCAAGCUAGAUAUUCCUCCACGAUUAAUCCAGUACCUGUCCUACAACUGA